AUGGUCAAAACCUACAACCUCCCCAACAAAAGAAUGAAAGCUGAUGAUCCUCAUGAUGGUGCCGCCGGGUGUGAAAUUUUUGCAGAGAGUGACUCUGAGCCAGUGCCAGACUGCUUUGAGGAGACAUCCACUGAAGAGAACAAUACUACUGAGGUUUUUGUGCAAUCUGAUUCAGGCCCUGACUCUGCCCCCGAGACAUCCGGCCACACCAAGCGCAAGGGAAGACGUUCCAAACUGAAGCUUCAGUUCUUAGGGAAAUAUGUUUGCCAAAGAGCUCACCAACAGUUGAUGCAAAUUGGUGCUGGUGCAAUUGAAAGAGUACGUCAGGGCAGGCCUGCUUUCCAGAAACGAGAGCCACUCCCAAAACACCCAGGGGUAGGUCGUGCGCUGCGAAUGACUGACCGUAGCAAGUGGCAAAAGGUUUUGGCCUUUCUUUGGCUUCUUUACCAUUCACAAGCUGAAGUGUUACCUACCAAGUUCAAAAUGCCAAGUGGCUAUCUGAAAGAAGGCUUUCAAAAUCAGUCAGAUGAUGAAGAUGAGGAUUUUCAGAUUCGCUACGUGCAGUCCUUCUUGCAGAGUUUGGAAACCUAUCACAAAAUGCCCGAUUUCGAUUCCAUGGGUCCAGGAACUUUUUCCGGGCCACGCAGAUACUUACAGCACAGAAAACCUAUUGAUGUGUACAAUGAGUAUGUCGCGCAUGCAACUUCAAACGGAGAAGCACCUAGCUGUUUGUCCACAUUCAUGACUGUCUUCCGUGCUACUUACAAAGACCACCUGAAAUUCCGGAACAAGGGCGAACAUGCUGAGUGCAAUGUGUGCAGCAAGAUGAAAAAGAACAUGAGCAGGGCACGAACACAAGAAGAUCGACAAAGGGCAUACAAGACUUACAGUCAUGAAGACAUAGACCAAGCCUUUGGUCAGAUUAGUUCCCUGAUAGCAAGGGGUGGCUUUGACAAUCCUGGGGCUUUGCUUGAUCUGAUCAAUGGUGGAAGUGGCAUCCGACAUCGAAACCGAAUUCGGAACAACAAUGUGUUCGCUCAGGCUUUGGACCAAACAGCUUGUUGGAAAGACUGGACAUCCCAACUUGGGGUAAAACUCAAAGGGUUAAGAUUCUUGACAGACGACUAG